AAAUAAGGUAUAUAUUGGGCGUGUGGCAAAUUGGUUUAGAGUCUUGUUUCUAAGUCUUUUAAUGGGAAUGUUUUGUUAUUGUUAGUGCUGAAUAAUAUAAGUGAUAUGAUGUGUUAGCUAAAUUAAUCAGGAGAAAAAGAAAAUGGAGAAAUGAUUUGACAAUAUUAAUGAUAAACAUCGAAUAAUGAAAAAUUCAAACAUUUCGUAAAAGACAAGGAUGUGUAAGGUGUAUUGACUAUGUUGUAAAUUUUUCGUGUAGAUAUUAAAUUGUUUCACGAAAGCAGUUCAUAUUUUAAUAUAAACAUUCCAAUGAUUCUCGAGGAAACAGACAUAGCAUAUAAAUUAUUCCACUGGAAGAAAAUGUCUAGAAAACGCAACAAAUAUCCAGACUAUUUGUAGCAACACGAUUGCUACAGCCAUGUGUGUUUUAGUGUAUACUAAAUAUAAAAACAUGUGAUCAGCAGGAAAUGGAAUAAAAUUCGAACUGAAUCCGUGGGCAUUUUGGAAUCUAUUUUGAAAAGUUUAUUAUCGUGAAAUUCUUAGACUUUACGUGCUGAACAAAAGUCCAACUUUAGAUUUUGAAUUGAUAUAGACCAACCUGACUUUACUUGAGGCAGAAUAUAACUAAACAAAUAUAGAAAUAUAAAAAGUAGCCAACGUCGAGUUUAGGCUUCCAUUAAAUUCUUUUGGACCUGCAUUUAAUCAUACUUUAACUUAAGUUAGGCCCAAGUCACUUAUAUUUAGCGUUCCUAUUUACAAUGAGUCGAGCAGGUUUUUCACGCAGCACGUUUUUAUCAGCAAAAGCUAUCAAAAUGGAUUCCAGGGGUCAGAAAAGGCGGGAAAGGGGGGAUUUCUCUGUAAGGGCCGCGAGUGUCCUUCUUAUUGGGAAAUCCCUCCAACUCACCUUUCUGAUGGAUAGAAUGAUGAAUUAUAGGACAUUCCCUGCCAUGUCAUCAUCUUUUUCGUCAAUGACGUCAUAUAUUUUGAAUGUUUUGCAAGGUUUUAGGAACUCAAAACCAUAUACGGAGAAGUAUGGCGCUGAAAAUUCAGAAUAUCCUCUAUUCGAGAACUAUUUGAAACGCGUUCCUCGAAUAAGUUUCAGAGUCGAAAAAAAAGACAAGUCUAUUACGUCUAAUAUUGAUGAAUUAGUCGAAUUAAGCAAUGAUGGCCAAUUGAAGCGAGCUGAACUCGAAUUCGAGAUAUAUGAACUAAAUUCAAACGGUAUAGAAUAUAAUGAAAACGAAUUCUCGUGCGACCACGACUCGGAUGAACCUUUUGAACAUCAAUAUUUUAUUCGUUCUAUACGGCCGGAAGCUACACAAAACCUUAAUUAUAACGGUCCAAAACAAACCGAAUUCGAGAUAAGUGAACCGAAUUCAAAUGACAUGGACGAUAUUGAAAUUGAGUUCUCGUGCAACGACAACUCGGAUGAAGCUCGUGAAUAUCAAUUUUCUGAUCAUUCUAUUCAACGGGGAGCUGUUACCCAACAGUUUGAUGAAAUUAGAUCUGAAAAAGAAAAUUGCUGCUUGUCCAAACAAAAACCCGAACUGUUCAACAUUGAGCCGCUUCUAUCUCUGUCGCUUACAAAAGAGCAAUUAAUGACAAACGUUUGCGUUGCGUCCUUGUCUGCAUUUCUGCGAAGGUUGAGAAUUAAACACAAAAUUGCCGAAUACAGAGAAAAACGAAACAGACAAGAUUCAAACGAAAUAUUCUGCAAAAAUCUUCUCUUAAAAGAUCGAAAUGGAAACUUCUAUUAUUUGAUUUGUGAUGAAAAUAAAUCCGUCAACAUGAAAAAAGCCGCGAAACUUUUGGGCGCUUACAGAAACUUGUCAUUUGCUUCUUCGGAUGAAACAGAUCACCUUCUUCACUUGAAAAGCGGAGAAAUAACCCCCUUUGCUUUAAUGCAUAAGACUGCCACGUGCAUUAAAGUUUCUAUAACAGCAGAUAUCAUUCUGGAUGAAGAGGCACUUCUGAAUUUUCACCCAUUUGAUUCGAAAUUGACCUUGGCUAUAACCUUGAAUGACCUUCAAAAGUAUUUGACUGCUUUUAAACAUGAAUUACAUUUUCUUCCUUUGUAACAUAUGUUUUUAAAUAUAAAGUUCAUUAAUUGUAAAAAUUUGUGUUGUA